AUGAGACUCUCAGUAGUUACCGGGCUUGCUCUUCUGACGGCUGUUCAGGCGGUGCCGCCUGCAGCGCCGACCACACCGCCUAUGGAACCUCAGGAACCCACUGGCGUUUGCCUAACAGUUCCGGAGAGAGUCCGGUUGUCGCCUGAAAAGCAGGUGGACAAGUUAUGCUUUAAAUGCAAUCUUGACGAAUUCGAUUCUGAGUGGGACUCGCCCUAUCGCACCCCAGGGUUUGAGUGGUGGACGGACGGUUGCACUGCGUCACCGGAUGAACCGAUGCCAGGCCUUAAUUACACCAAGUCAUGUCGACGCCAUGAUUUCUGCUAUCACACCCUCAAGAAGCAAGGUCGCUUCUACCGCAAUGUCAAAACCGAAGUGGACAACAUAUUUUUCAAGGAUAUGAACGACGCAUGCGCUAGUGUCCCAGAGGACAAGAAAAAAGACACGCCUUGGUGGAUGUUUUGGAUAUCCCCAGCUGGGGCCGCCGUACGACAUGUGAUUUUCAACUGCGACGUAUGGGCUAAUCUAUACCAUAUAAGCGUGGACAACUUUGGAAAAUUUGAAACGUCGUUGGAUGAUCCUCCGGAAGGCAAAGAGUACGAAGUUGUUGAUGGGCGAGUUCAGGAAAAGAGUGCUGUCAAGGCCUAG